AUGGCCCAGAUCUAUUUGCUAGUGGCAGGAGUGCUGCUCUGCUCUAUCCCUGCUUACUCUCUUGGCUGGAACUUGCCUAGAAGCCAUAGCCAGGAAAACAAGGACGUCUUCCAACAUUUGGAACAGUUGCAAAGGAUCCCCUCUCAGUGGUGCCUAAAGGACAGAACCGACUUCAAAUUUCCUUGGAAAAGAGAGAAUAUCACCCCAAUCCAGGUGACUCAAGGCACCUGUCACCACCAUCUGAUGCUCCAGCAGAUCUUCAACCUCUUCACCACGGAGGACAGCCGUGCUGCCUGGAACAACACCCUCCUCGAUAAACUUCUCUCUAGCCUUCAUCUGAGGCUGCACCGACUGGAACAGAUGAAAAAAGACAAUCUGGAUUGUCGAGAUUUGGGACGUGCUGCCCGGGAGUAUUUCCAUGGAAUCCAUGUCUAUCUGAAGGCAAAGGAAUACAGCCCCUGUGCCUGGGAGGUUGUCAGAGUGGAAAUUAAAAGGUGCCUUUCCCUUAUGUAA